GCAAGCGACUUAUAAGCAUCCAGAAAUCACUGCAAACUCAGCCAGUUGUUCACGGAGUUUCAGACGCAUCAAGGCAGUCAGAUUGGAUCAGCUUUACAAGCAGAAUUGGAGAUCGCUUCCUCUUCAUUUGUGUUACAGUAAUCAAGCAGAAAACCAAAGAAGAAUCAAACUUCGCAACAAGAAGAAGCUAUGAGCUGCUGUUGUGGUGAGGAUUGCCGGCCUAUAGGGUUUCUACUCGGCCUGCCCUUUGCCUUCGUUGCUCUCCUCCUCUCCAUAAUCGGCGUGUUCAUCUGGAUUGUCGGGUUGGCGUUGACUUGCAUAUGUCCAUGCUGCUUAUGCGCGACGAUCAUUGUUGAGCUUGCUCUGUCGUUGAUCAAGGCUCCAUUUUCGAUCAUGAAGUGGUUCACAUCCAAGAUUCCCUGCUAGAGUAGCGUUUUGUUAUAGUCUCACAGUUUUGUUCAUUGCUUGAGCUCCUCUUGUUCCAAAACUUAUUCAGUAAAUUCAUUGAUGUAUGUUGUAUAUGAAAUUUGUGUUCUAAUUAGUUCUAUAUGAAGCUAGACCAAG